AUGCACGCCUUUUCCAUUGUCACGCUCGGAAUCUUCAUCGCAGGCUACUCGACUGCCCGCUGGGACCUCGUUACGCGCCUGUAUGAGCUAGCAAUAUUUGCGUGGGACCACGGAGUCGUUACACGAGCUGCAAAGGGAUUCACGAUACUCUCUAUCUUCUUCUUCCUCUUCAUUCUCCCCAUCGAACGAAUUGCCGCCCGUGAGACGGAUCUGCACCCGCGGACCGCAGGUGGGGGUAUAUCUGCUCGAGAGCAGCUCAAACGUCGUGGGUCGUUCUAGCGAGCGAGCAUUAUGUUGACAUGGUCACACAAAAUGGGUUGAUGCGCAUAUUCUGGCCGUCGGACGCGCCAGCCGGACUGUCGCCUGGGGUCCUUGUAGGGUUCAGAAAUUCGGAGCUUGACGUCUUUGUUGUGUCGAUACUGCAGGAUGUCGAUCUGCGGCAUGUGGAAAAUGCCUUGCUAGUCGGUACACUGCUCCGACAUAGCCCCCACCCCAUCCAGGACCUGUUGAAACGUUGCGGCCAUCCUUCUAUGCGAGUGCUAGGUCUAGUCAACCCGCAGACUAUACCCGAGCAUUUCGACCCAUUCCUUCUGACUACCUACACUGAUACACCCUCCCGCUUCCCCCGUUUGUAUUGUCCGCCCGAUACUCACCUCAUGGUGCAAGUGAUUAUCUACGACAGGCCGCAUCCGACGCGCAUGCAGUAUCUCUCCCUCACCCCAAUACCCUUGGCCUUAGGCGACAAGACCGAUAAGGAACAACUAGAGCAGGCUUUACCAUGGAUCGAGGAAGAGAAGGAGAAAGAUCCUAAGAGAAAAGGCAGUGACAAAGAUGGAGAGAAAGAUUUGAAGAAUAGGAAUACCGAAAACAGUGAAGAGAAAGUUCGCAACAAGAAAUCAGCCGAGGACGAGGCCGAGGAGAUGGAGCGGAAGAAAAAGGACAUGUUGAUUGAAAAAUUGAAGCUACACACUGUGAUAUCGCAUCCGCGCACGCAGAAAGAACUCUCACUCCCCAUUAUCAUUGACCAAAUUAACUGCUCAUUCGAGCUCAACGUCUUGCUGCAGAAGAAUGCUGGGCUGAUUGGGAGACGGAUGAAGCGCGCCCUCAGUGUGAGCGAACGAGUGGUCGAAUCGGCCAACGAUCUUUGGGAUUACGCCCACCUCGGCAUCUCCUAUAUCUCCAGAGUCUGGAUCUACCCUGUUGUUGCAAGGCUGUUCAUUAUUGGCUUAAUCGCACAUAGAAUAGCUGGAGAGAUGAUCCUCCAGGUCCUAGACUGGAGGCCGGGAUCACCAGACUCCCCUGCCUUGAAGGACAUCUCCGCCACGGCCCAACAAGUCGAUAUCCGACUACAACAGUUCUGCUACUGGCCUAUUCAAUACCUGACUUUGCGCAAGAGAAAGGCGAAUUGGGAGAGUGUAACAAGCAAUCAUCCGGAGUACAUCCGUUUCUACAACAGCCUCUGGCUUGUGGCAAACGACGUCAUUAUUGGUAUUGCUUUGGGAUCCUACAUCAUCGAGAAUUGUGUCUUUGUGGCGUCUCAAGUUGACACCAUUUUCACCACUUGGUCCAUCGAGGGCUUGCGUCGAAUGAUCUCAUGGCUUAUGAAAUGGCCAGGAGGGUUGAAGCUCAACACCGAACUAGCAGAGUUUCUCGGAGACUUGUUCCUCUGGGUUAUUGACCAUUGGUCCGGUUGCAUGACCCUUCUUCGGCCCCACCUCCCUGGCAUCAUACAUUUUAUUGGAUUCUCCUCCUUCGCUGGCGCUACGAUGCCGAUCUCUCUUUUCUCCGACCUUGUAUCCCUACUCACACUCCACAUCUACUCAUUCUACAUUGCAUCGGCCCGAAUUUUCCAUUGGCAGCUCACUAUCAUUAUCUCCCUCUUCCACCUCUUCCGCGGCAAGAAACGGAAUGUUCUGCGAAACCGAAUCGAUUCUUGCGACUACGAUCUGGAUCAACUCUUAUUGGGUACAAUAUUGUUCACCCUGCUGUUCUUCCUCCUGCCAACUGUCUUCGUAUUCUACCUCACCUUUGCAAGCGCACGUGUAGCCGUCAUUGGCCUAAAGGCUGUGCUAGAGAUUGGUCUAGCUUGUUUAAAUCAUUUCCCACUGUUCGCAGCUAUGCUACGGAUUAAGGAUUCGAGGCGUCUACCCGGUGGUAUAUGCUUUGAACUUCAAGAUACCCAACUACCUUCGUACCCUCUUGAGGGACCUCCAGAUUCGGCACCAACAUCCUACAUUCACCUCAAAUCGAUACCACUUCCUUUACGCUCAAUGUUCCAAUCGUACUUCGAGCUCGGAAACAGACUCCGGAAACACUAUCUUUCUCCCGGCGUCUUCCUCUAUCUUGUCUCCGGCCAAUUUGUCCCUCCAAUUCAUCGUCGGAAUCUGUACAGUCUCCAAUAUAGCAUGUUGCCCGCGAGACGCGCAGGUAUAGUAGAGCUGUGGAAUAGGUUGAAUGAGAAGGAACCCUUGGGGCCGGCGGCACCUGUGCUUAACGGAUACCCUGCGUUACCCUCCAGGAGAGGGCUACCAAAUGGAAUAGCGAGGAGGGGGCAUGAGAGAG